GAUCGAUUGUUUGCUUGACGAACCAUAAAACUUUGCACAUAUAUAUGAACACUGUUCGUGGGGGCUGUCAGACUGUGUCGAGGACUUAAAUCAUCACGAUGUUAAAGUUCUUGGUGGUAUGUCUGUGUGCCAUUGCUGUUGCAAAAUGGAGCCAAAACGUCCAAGCUGACAGUGACGUAAACGACUUGAAUGAUGAAGAAAAAAGGUUGUUACAGACCUUAGAGGAAGCGAUAGACACAAACAAGAGAGACACGAACGACCCGUGCUCCGAGGAAUGUGGCGAGGAUGACGGAUGUUACGAAUCAUGCACGUGCUUCUACGACUGUAUGGCUGAUAUUGACGAUGAACAAACGUGUGAAGACGGUUGCAGUGAUAAUGAUGUCAAAAAGAGAAUGGCAUUAGCAGCUAGGAACCAGGAGAGAGCAAACGAUGAAAUACAAAACAACAACAAAAAUAAACAACAAAAGAAAAUAUGGGGUAUUCCAUCUGCAAGAAGAUGGGUUCCACCAGUUCCCCCAGUUAGAAGAUGGGUUCCACCAGUUCCCCCAGUUAGAAGAUGGGUUCCACCAGUUACCCCAGUUCCUCCUGUAAGAAGAUGGGUUCCACCAGUUAGAAGAUGGGGGGGUAGUGGAAAGAAAUAGAUUGAACAAUACUAACAAAGAAAUGCCACAAACAACAUUAUUACUCGAAUAAACUCCUCUUUGAAAUAUAUAAACUGACAUAAAACAUUUAGCUUGAUGAAUAAAAAGAUUUGACAAUGACGAAGCUCGACGAAGUGCUAAUGUGUGAAACACCUGACUGAAACUCUUUAAGCUUUUAACUAUAAAGUCUAAAUUGAAUAACUUACAAUCAAUUGCCCCGUUUCUUUUACAUUUAGCACAAUUAUGUAAACAUGUUAAAAUAUAAUAUGAAUAAUUUGUUUGUAAACACAUCACUUGCAUAUUUUGAAUAGUAAAUAUUUUUGUCAGCACCAUCACAAUACGUUUUUUUGUGAUAUAGAAUAGUUGUUAAAAUAAAUCUGAACAAUCUGAAUGAAGGGAAAUGAAAGAUUCUUUAGAUCCUUCGAGAGCAGUAAAAAAUAAAAUAAAAUUAAUUGGUGA